AUGUCUAAUCCCGGGCAAGGGUUUCCAAUGGGAGCAAACUUCCAGGCAGAUUGCCGCCUGGGAGAGUCUUCCAAAAGAGCUUCUCUGCUGGAGAAAAGGGAGAAGGAGGCACGGGGCAGCAAGCAAGAUUUAUUAUUGCUGUACCGGGAGUCCUUUUAUGAGGAGUCGACAGAGGCUACGCAUACCACAUUUGAAAUGCAGCCUAUGACUCCUUAUGAAGGUGACGAAGAGAAGCCUCGCGGCAAGGGGAAAAAGAAGACCAGUAAGGGAAAGGCCGUUGAUAGAGACCCGGGGUUUACGUGCAGUCGUAAUUCCAGGAAGGCAGAAAAACGGCGAGAAGUUGAGCCUGAGGACAAGCAAAGCCAGGUUUUGGAUAUUUCCGACGCUUUGGCACAGUUGAGACUCGCUUAUGAGCAAGAGGCGGAGAAAAUACAGGCGCAAAGUCCUUGCCAUGAGGUGGAAGAUGGCUGGAUGGUGGUGAAGGAGGGCAUAGACGUGUGGGACUUUACGGAGGAGGUUGGUCCACUGCCCGAUUAAGAGAGAGCUCGGCUACCAUUCAUGGUGCUGGCGAGAUUCCUUGUUACAAGCGAGUUUUUGGCUAUGGCAUUGCGUUUUGGGCGGAGCAUAUGAAAAAGCUGAGCGUGGAGGCUUAUGGAUAUGAUGAUGAUAGCAUGCGAUACCCCCUCUUUUGUCGCCUCCACGGCUUAGAAAAAGUUUGGCC